AUGUUUGCAUGGAAUAUUGGGUGGCACCAACACUUCAGCGACUUCCCAGGCCUUGAUGCCAUGGAGUUUCACCUUCUAGAACACUACAUCCACAGGUUCUCUCGCACGUAUCCGGCAUUUCCUGGUCCCGAUAACUCUUUUCUUUCGGUCUUUGUGCCUCUUGCUGCCAAGAGCAGCCUGGUACUCCACUCUCUCCUCGCCCUGAGCGGUAUUCAAGGACUGGAUCAAUCGAAUGUGGAGGUCAAGGCCAAAACGCUUCGAAUACGGCAGCGAGCCUUAGUAGGUUGCAGGCAGCUGGUAACACGAAGUGCAUCUGUGUCAUCUCAUCGGCCACUCGACAAUAUGAGCGAGGAUGAUUUGCUAUAUCUUCUAGCCAGUUGCAUGUUACUCUUGCUAUAUGAGAAACUUACAGGCGAGGGCCAGGCAAACUGGCAGCCACAUUUUCAAUUUAUCAGGGAAGUGGUUGCGUGCUAUCAAUCCCGCUUCAUGAAACCCUCGUCCUCACGGAUGACGGGGACAUUCUGUUUUCUGCAUAGCCUUUUUGCUUAUCACGAUCUCCUGCGAGCCAUGCAGCUCAGGACAAAGGUGUUUUCUACCUUCUAUGAGAACAGUGGUGGGUUGCUCCUCAAUUUCUGCUACCAACGUGGCUGGUCACUAAUUUCAGUAGGAGAAAGAGACUCGAAAUUUUACUACCCCCGCCUCAUGGUACGCAUCUGCGCGGCAGAUGUGACCGUGACGGAGGCUGACAUUUAUUCUUGGGAUGGCAAUAUGUCGUGGCUACCAAGUUUUCCUCUUGGUCGUUCGAUAGAUUGUCAUAGCAGGAUAUCGGGGACAGCCGGCGACAAUAGCAGUGACUGGCUGCGAAGGGACGAGACACGUAGUUUGAUCCACACCGGGAGUAAAAAGGUUGACAACCUUUCGAUGCUCUCUGAUCUCUACCGCAUCACUGCAUUCCUUCUCCACAAACAGAUUUGGGAUGCACAGCACUUGGAAAGCGGAAACCCGAGGAGCUUGAUGGCUUGUGAUGUUCAGAACCAAUUGUUGCAGCGGAGUGAGCUGGCUGCGCAAGGGAUAAGCCUGAUCCAGGAACUGCUUCAGGGAUUAAGCUUCAAGAGCACGCUUCUGUGGCCCAUCGGAAUCAUUAUGAGAGACCUCAUUCCCGAGCAAGUGGCCGAACGAGAGUGUCUGAUAGCUUGCCUUGAUUCUCUAUCUGAGUAUUUUCACAUGAAGCACUUCACCUGCUUGCGGGCCUCCCUAGAACUGUCUUGGUCUCAGGCAGCCCACGGUCAAGGCAGAUCGGAUCAAAGUGUAGGCUUCAAUACCUCCACCACAGGGGACACCAUGCUACUAGGGUGA